GCAACAACCAUCUUUGCCAGUUUCACUCACCUGCGAGCCCGCCUCAGGCCUAGACGGACAGAAAUAACGCAUGAAAAUAAUACAGAGCUAAGAACGCAUGAAAACGAAUUGUUUUCCGUGCAUUGGAAGGUGUAUUGUGUUUUGUGGGGUUUAACGUUAAAUGGAAAACGCAUAGUUGAUGCUGACGAGGGCGGGAGCGUGCAAAUGAUUAUUUAAAAGGCGUUUGACGCGCUACGCCAGUUGUGAUAUUUUGGAGGGGGUUGGAGGAGCGAGAGACGGAGGAUCGCGCUAGAAACGCAGCAACGAGCAGCGGUGCUCAGGAGGAAAAAAAAACACACGAAAUAUCUACAGGAUUACAAGAGGAAGACCACAGGAUUUGUUUUUACGAAUACAAAGUAGAGACUGCGUAUUGCGGGUUGUCCUCCCAUAUUAAAAAUGGUGUCCACAGUUUAUGCUGUGACACUGUAUGUCACACUGCUGCAUCUGGCCUCAGGUGCAUCCUUAGGGACAUCAGACUCUGAAGAUCUAGUCACCGUGACCUCUAGCCCUCGCCCCUUGGGAGAACUCAUCCAUGCUGCACUUAUGAGUAAGGACUACCUUGGCAACACACCUGGUAACAGAGGUACAACAACCAACCCGACCCAGGCUGUUCCUUCCAUCAGAGAAGCAGACGUCACUUCGACAAUGAUGUCACCGGGUAUCCUCACUACAGCUGUGACCUCGUCGGUCGCACCUCAAGCUGCCCAAUCAGGUUUUGGGAGUGGCGUGACAUCGCCACCUGCAGAAGAAGAGACCACAACCACUCUAAUUACGACAACAACAAUAACGACAGUGCACACACCGGUGCAAUGUAACGCAAGUCUGUCAGGAAUGGAGGGAAUAGUUGAGUCCCCUGAUUCACCCUCUUCCUCAUCUAUAUUCUCGCCCUUAGAAUGCACCUACAGCAUCACAGUUUAUCCUGGAUAUGGUGUUGAGAUACAGGUGAACAAAGUGAACUUGUCCAAGGAGGAAUCGCUUACCAUUCUGGAGCUGGGUGGGCCGGUACCAGGGAUUUUGGCCAACGAGACGCUAAUGAGCGAAGGUCAGGUGAUCCGUAGCUCAACCAAUCAGGUGCAGAUUCACUACAGGAGCCUGAAACAAGCCAAUCAUGGUGUCUUCAGCUUUCACUAUCAAGCAUUCCUUCUGUCCUGCUCAUUCCCACUUUCCCCUGAGGGCGGUGGAGUGACCGUGACAGAUAUUCACCCUGGUGGUCAAGCUCACUUUCAUUGUGAUCCUGGGUUUGAGGUCAGAGGUCAUGAGGUCGCAACCUGUUUAAACUCCACUCGACCCAAAUGGAGCACCACUGAACCUCAGUGUGUGGCUGUAUCUUGUGGAGGAUGGAUCAGAAAUGCCACUGUGGGCCGUAUACUCUCUCCGACUCUCCCCUCUGCAAGUAACCAUAGCAACCUGAGCUGCCAUUGGCUGCUGGAGGCCAAGGAGGGACACAGGCUCCACCUUCACUUUGAGAGGGUGGCUCUUGAUGAAGACAAUGAUAAAUUGAUUGUGCGCAGUGGGAAUAGCUCUACAGCUCCUCUUCUGUUCGACUCGGAUCUGGAUGACGUUCCAGAACGAGGAAUCGUGAGCGAGGGAAAUUCUCUCUUUGUGGAACUCACUGCAGACUCUUCAUCGAUUCCUCUGCUGCUGGCGCUCCGCUAUGAGGCCUACGAUGGGGAACACUGUUAUGAACCAUACCUGCCUCACGGGAAUUUCAGCAGCAGUGACAUCACCUUCCCGUUGGGUACCGUAGUAACCUUCUCAUGCUCUCCUGGUUUCGUCAUGGAACAGGGCUCAGGAGUUAUGGAGUGUGUUGACCCCAGUGAACCUCACUGGAAUGAGAGCGAGCCUGUCUGCAAAGCUUUGUGUGGUGGGGAUCUGACAGACUCAGUGGGAACAGUGCUGUCACCUGAUUGGCCACAGAGCUACUCUAAAGGCCAGGACUGUUUGUGGCAGAUACACGUCAACGAGGACAAGCGCAUCGAAUUGGAUGUCCAAAUAUUGAACAUCCGCCAUAAUGACGUUCUAACUAUAUUUGAUGGACAUGACCUGAUGUCACAUGUGAUUGGACAAUACCUGGGCUCAAGAGAGAGGUUCAGGGUUGUAUCUGGGGGUUCAGAGGUCACCAUUCAGUUUCAGAGCGAUCCAGACGACUCCACAUUUAUCCUCAGCCAGGGCUUCCUGAUUCACUACAGAGAGGUGGAGCCUAAUGACACGUGCCCUGUCCUUCCACCAAUCGAGUUCGGCUGGAGCAGCUCCUCCCACCCGUCCCUGGUGAGGGGCAGUGUGCUGACCUAUCAGUGUCAGCCUGGCUAUGACAUUGUGGGCUCUGACAUCAUCACCUGCCAAUGGGAUCUCUCCUGGAGCAACAACCCGCCCACCUGUGUGAGAAUUCAGCAGUGUCCUGAUCCAGGUGAGGUGGUGAACGGAGCACGUUCAGUACAUCCCGAGUCUGGUUUUACUGUGGGAACUGUGGUACGCUUCACAUGUAACCAGGGUUAUCAGUUGGAGGGUCCGAGUCAGAUCUCAUGCCACGGCAGGGACACUGGCAUGCCCAAAUGGAGCGACCGUAGCCCCAAGUGUGUCUUAAAAUAUGAUCCAUGCCCAAAUCCGGGGGUACCUGACAAUGGCUACCAAACGCUAUAUAAGCACAGUUACCAGGCAGGCGAGACUCUACGUUUCUUUUGCUAUGAGGGCUAUGAACUCAUUGGGGAAGUCAUCAUUAACUGUGUCCCUGGACACCCAUCUCAAUGGAACAGCCCACCACCCUUCUGUAAAGUGGCCUAUGAAGGGCUACUGGAUGAUCACAAAUUGGAGGUUUCUCAGUCAUUAGAGGCGUCCCACCAAAUGCUGAGUGAGAACAUUGCAUUGGCUAUUAUUCUGCCAAUCUUAUUGGUUAUCCUACUCAUUGGUGGAAUUUAUAUGUACUACACCAAUGUGUGUAGGUGGCAGUGGAAACCACUGUUCUGGAAGUCUCUUUCUCACACCCACACUUACAGUCCCAUAACAGUGGAAUCUGACUUCAACAACCCACUCUAUGAGGCAGGGGACACACGAGAGUAUGAGGUGUCCAUCUGAGACGACUUCAAAUGAAUCCAAAUUGUGGGUGAAUGGAAAGAAGAUGAAGGAAUACUGUUAUUUUUCUCUCCGCAAGAUAUUAAUUGGUUUUAUUAUAUUAAUUCUACGACAUCAAUCUCACUUUACACAGUCUCUCUCGUGAUCUCUCUCUAUAUCAAAUCACAAACGUAUGUAUGUAACAAACAGUAUGUGUGCCUGUGAAAUUACUUUUGGAAAGUACAUUUUUGCAAGUACAUACAACUGCAUGCUUUGCGUGCAUGUGUGUCUGUAAAUAUAAAGAAACAGUACAGUCCGGCAUGAUUUCUAACAGCAGGUUUGGUGCCUUAAAGACUGUAAAAUAGUAAAGGAGUAACUGAGAGAAACUGAAAGAAUGCAGGAUUCAUAGACUGAGAGAGAGAGACGUCCCUCCUGGAAAAACCAUCUUAGAAUUUUCAAGACAGUUUAUGCUGGCUUGGUGGUGGUCCACUCUAACAAGAUCUUUCUGGUUAAUAAAAAAGCUUGGUGGGAGAACCAACACACCAGCAUUACACAUAGUUGCCCAGCAUCUAAACGACGGGAUAUUCUGGUCAACAGUCAAGCUGGUCUUUACAGAAGGGGUGAGACAAGUACACAAAACUAUAUAAUCUAAAGUACAAAAACCAUACGUUCACAUGUUUGUAUACAGACACAUGCCCACACAUUCACACAUACAUGACAAGAACAUAUUGAAUGUAAAUAUUUUGAUCCAAUAUGGAGGCUUCUGUAUACACAACUGAUUCAGUGCCAAAAUUCCAUCCCAUAAUGUGACUUCACUGGUUGCCAUAGUACUUCACAAUUUUAUGUAAUAAUGAGGACAAUGCCAGCAUUUCAUAUUGUUCUUUGCUGUUUCUUAGAAUCUCUUUCUGCUUGAUGUUGAAUGACCAUGUUUCAGAGGAACUGAAUGUCCUCUCGCUUAUGGCACGCGACGAUUGUACAUUUUACCGCUUCAAGCUUAGAAUUCACGAUCAAUUAUACUUACUGUCAUUGUUAUCACAGUUGAUGUUGUUGCAUAUGCACUAUGUUGAGAAAAUAUAUACUGAAAAACUGCUUGCUGUGAUGCAGUAAUCUAAUUGAAAUGCUUUUUAUAAAGUGCAUUUUUUAUUAUUUAUCUCAUGGUUUCUUGUUAAUAUGCAGUGAGUUUUGUCUUUUCCACUGUGCCAUUACCAGGGCCCGUGUUGUGGGCUUUGUAACAUUAUAGUAUUACUUGAUUGUUAUUUAUUUAUCAACAUAAUAAACUUGUCAUGAAGACA